GAAGUAGAGGAGAUCCAUAUGGGAAGAAGAAGAAAACAACACUGAACCCAGAAAGAAUAUAAGCAGCAGCAAGGGAGCUGGGGAGUGGAGUGUAGGCACAGUCACUGGAAAGACUGGGUCCUGACAGAGAGACAAUUCUACUCCCUACCAAAAUGAAGCUGCCGCUGCUGCUGCUGUGUUUGGGACUGACCCUAGUCUGUGACCAUGCAGAAGAAGCUAGUUCCCUGAGAGAAAACUUUGAUGUUCAAAAGAUUAAUGGGGAUUGGUAUACUAUUUCUGUGGCCUCUGACGAAAGAGAAAAGAUAGAAGAAGAUGGCAGCAUGAGAGUUUUUGUGAAGGACAUCCAUGUCUUGGAGAAUUCCUUAGCCUUUAAAUUCCAUACUAUUGUAAAUAGAGAGUGCACUGAACUCUUUUUGGUUGCUAACAAAACAGAAAGGGCUGGUGAAUAUUCUGUCAACUAUGAUGGACACAAGACAUUUACUAUACCUAGGACAGACUAUGAUAUAUAUAUUAUAUUUGAUGUCGUUAAUGCCAAGGAUGAGGAAACCUUCCAGGUGAUGCAGCUCCUUGGCCGAGAACCAGAUCUGAGUUCAGACAUCAAGGAAAAGUUUGCAGAUCUAUGUGAGAAGCAUGGAAUCGUUAGGGAAAACAUCAUUGACCUAACCAACUCCAAUCGCUGUCUCCAGGCCCGAGAUUGAAGAGAGGCCUGAGCCUCAAGCUAACUCAGUGUUGAGUGGAGACUUCUCACCAGGAUUGCAGCAUCAUUCCUUCCUGUCCAAAAGCAUCCUGCAACAAGUUCUGUGAUCUUCUUUCCAUCCUAUCUUACAGAACAGUGCAAUCCCAGUCUCUCUAGCAUCUUCCCUAGUUACCUAGGACAACUCAUCAAGAAUCAAAGACUUUCUUACAUCCCUCUUUGCCACAUCCAUGACAAUUCUCCAUGAAUUUCCUCCUCUUCCUGUUCAAUAAAUGAUUGCCCUUGCCCUU